CCGAUUUCACAGGACGCCCAUGACUCUUUAAUCAAUCUUUCCUAUAUAAUCCCUUUCUGGAUAUCAUCAGUAGCCAAUCGACAACAUCAAUCAACAGAACAAAAUCAUCGUUCUCAAUUCGAUCGCCAUUAUAUUCCCGCUUACGUUGUACACGACCAGCUGAUCUGAGAGCAAUGGCUGAUGAUCCACAGGAUAUCGCCGACCGGGAGAAGAUCUUCGCACGCUUCGACACCAACGGCGACGGCAGAAUCUCGGCGGCGGAGCUAGGGGAGACACUGAAGGCGCUGGGGUCGGUGACGGAGGACGAAGUGAAGAACAUGAUGGCGGAGAUCGACACCGACGGCGACGGCUUCAUCUCCUUCGACGAGUUCACGGAGUUCGCCCGAGCCAACCGGGGCUUGAUUAAAGAUGUCGCCAAAAUCUUCUAGUCGCCGAUCGAUCUGCUAGUAUAUACAUCACAUCAUGGUGGAUUUGUAUGCAUCUAUAUAUAUAUUUAUAUAUCUAUAUAUCUUGUUACGUUUCUUAAGAGUUGUCAGUGUCAAACAACGUUAAACUUACUGUAGAUCUUCAUCAGUUAAUGAAUACAUGCAUUCUAGUCUCA